AUGCAUGUUUGGGUUACCUUUACCUUUUCUUGUUUGGACGGAACAGACCCAGGGACGCCCCUUGCUCCAGCCUCCCACCAGCCUCCAACCUUUAUUUUCCAGUCGCAGCCUUUGGAAUCAGCCGCUCAGCUAUCAUUGGCCUCCGGGACGAGCCAACACCAUUUUCUGAGCUUAGCUCCUUAUUACCGAUCAACCACGAGCUCCCAGAUUCAUCAGAAUUGUUCUACCGACGUGGAGGCCGUCAGCAACUGCCCAGUCAACAUGCAUCUGUGGGACUCCCACACCUACCUCUGCCUGGGCUUCUAUUUCCAUGGCGACGAUGUGGCUCUGGAGGGCGUGGACCACUGUUUCCACGAACUGGCCGAGGAGAAGUGCGAGGGUGCACAGCAUCUCUUAAAAAUGCAAAACCAGUGCGAUGGUCGUGCCCUCUUCCAGGACUUGUACAAUACUCACCAAGAUGUGGGGGCUAAAACCCAGGACACUAUGGAAGCCACCAUUCUCAUGGAAAAGAACCAGACCCAGGCACUUUUGGAUCUGCAUGCCCUGGGUUCUGCCCAUGCAGAUCCCCACCUCUGUGACUUCCUGAAGAGCCACUUCCUGGACGAGCAGGUGAAACUCAUCAAGAAGAUGGGUGACCACCUGCCCAAUCUCCGCAGGCUGGCUGGUCCCCAGGCUGGGCUGGGCGAGUCUCUCUUCGAAAGGCUCACCCUCCAGCAUGACUAG